AUCGACGCGAAAAGCCAAUUGGAUACAGCAGGAGCCUUGCCUUGUAACUGUCCGAAAAAUGUCUGAACUAGCGAUGCCCCUGCUUGUUGUGAACUUGGGUUGUGAAAUGGUGUACAUUUUAGAGCAACGACUCAAAGCGCAAAACAUUCCAGCGGAUAAGAGUUGCAAAGUCCUUAACGACGUGAUCAGAACCAUGUUCGACGCUGAGUACGUGGACAAGCUGUUCGCACCACAGGAUAUGUACUCAGUGUCAAAAACGCGGAAGAUUUUUGAUCGGCUGGCACAUUCAAGCAUCAUGCGGCUAAGCGAGUCCAGCAUGGACAAGCUGUACGACCUGAUGUUGAUGGGCUUCAAGUACCAGCUGCUGUGCGCCACCAAGCUGGAGCAGAUGCUGGAUGUGUCGCUGCUGCACCUGGUUACUGUUCGCUCCAUCGUGGAGGGGCUGCCGGACCGCAGCAGCCUGCCGCUGAUCGCCACGGUGGAGCGGCUGCUGGGGCGCACCUACCGCGGGCUGGGGCAGGGCGCGCUGCACCUGGUGCGGCAGACGCUGCUGCGCUUCUUCCAGGACAAGCGGGUCAAGGUGUCGCUGUUCCUGCAGGAGGGCAUCCAGUCUUCCAUGGGUCGCAUCAUCCUGCCCUCCCCCGCCAACACCUACGUGGGCACCGUCACCACCUACGACAUGGCGGGAGGGCUGGAGAGCCAGGAGAAGUUCAAGGUCAAGAGCAGCACGAUCGACCCACAGGAGUUCUUCGUGCACCCGGUGCCGCUGGGCUCCAACCUGUACAACAAGGAGCGGCCCAAGGUGGUGCCGCCGCCGCGCAAGGGGGACGCGCUAACGGCGCCCAUCAAAUCGGAGGACGACUACAAGACGAAUGCGGAUGACGAGGCGGACCGGCAGCGGUGCGGGCCGCAGUGGGGUCCGGGGGGUGCGGAGUUCGCGUACCUGUCCGCACUGCUGAACGUGAAGGCGCCGCCCGCGGACAACUUCAAACUGAACCUGUUUGGGGACGAGGGGGACGCGGCGGGAGGCCCCGCCCAGUCCAGCAACCUGGCCUUCAGCGGCGCGCAGGCGGACGCGCACCUGGCGGGAGUGAUGAGCGA